AUGUCCACAAUUAUUGAUGCGGAUAAAAGCGAAAUCCGACUAUUAACUGAGUUAAAUUCACGACUUAAAGAAGAGAAUGAACUUCUUAAAAUACGUGUCAAAGAACUAGAAGAGAAACUCGAGCAUAAUUCGAAAAUUAGUGAACCAACAAAAUCUGAUAAAGUUCCAGCCAAAGCUAAUCUAAAGAAUAAUGACCUAAGCUUGGAUGAAUAUACACGAUAUGGUCGACAACUCAUUCUACCAGGGUUUGGAAAGUCUGGACAAUUGAAACUUAAAAAUACUUCAAUAUUAAUAGUAGGUGCUGGAGGUUUAGGUGCACCUGUAGCCAUUUAUCUUGCUGCUGCAGGUGUUGGCAAACUUGGAAUAAUUGACUAUGAUACCGUAGAAAAAUCAAAUUUGCAACGUCAGGUAAUACAUAAUGAAUCACGAGAGGGUGUUUCUAAAGCACAAUCGGCAAGGAUGACUAUCGAAGAAUUAAACUCUUUAUGCCAAUGUGUUGCAUACGACAUCCUUUUGGAUAGUUCAAAUGCACUGGAAAUAAUUGAAAAGUAUGAUAUAGUUAUUGAUGCGACUGAUAAUGUUGCUACGCGUUAUCUACUUAAUGACGCAUGUGUGAUGGCCGGAAUUCCUUUGGUCUCUGGAAGUGCCCUACGUAUGGAUGGUCAAUUAACCAUAUAUAAUUACAAAGGAGGCCCUUGUUAUCGAUGUUUAUUCCCUAAGCCACCUCCACCAGAAAGCGUAUUAAAUUGUUCUGAUGGUGGAGUUUUAGGAGUCGUGACCGGAGUUAUUGGAUGUUUGCAAGCUUUGCAAGCAAUCAAAAUUGCUACAGAUAUGAAUGGCGGUCCUCAUAAUCUCUUGAUUUUUUCGGCUACAUCAUAUCCACUGUUUCGAUCCAUGAAAUUGAGACCGAAAAAGGAGGACUGUGCUUUAUGUGGCGAACGUCCCUCUAUAACUGAAUUAAUUGAUUAUGUUCAGUUUUGUGGUAGUGGAGCAUUAGAUAAAUCACCUACAGUAAAUGUAUUGGGAUAUGAAGAUAGGAUUGAACCAAAAGUAAGAAAAAAUCUACCUAAUUCAAUUAAUAUUCCUUUGAACGAUCUUCCCAAUAAGAUUGAGGAAGUAAAAAAAUCACUAGAAAAACUCAAUACACCAGGAAAUGAUUCACAACAUGCAGUGAAUAUAUUAAAAAAUGUUUUGAAAGGCGAAAUUAAAGAUAUUAUCGGAGGAUUAUAUAAAUGGUCCUUAGAUGUUGAUCAAGAAUUUCCUAUAUAUUAA